AUGGAUGCCGGCGACGAGAUGGCACGACUGGCAAUAAGGAUCUACACGGAACGAAACGAGGCCUGCCAUGCAGAGAUUGGGAAUCCCAAUAUCGGCAGCGAUUUGCAGCCACUGGUCACUCAAGGCUUCGCCUUGGGAGCAGGAUGGACGGAUCGGAUCCCAAUCGGGAACCGCCGUCCGCGCUGCUCGUCCACUUCGACCGGUACGGUAGGCCUGCUUAUCAAGACGUUGACGAGUUCCCAAGGGAUCACCCUCUCCCAGGCUGUUCUCAAUAUCUCCAGUCGUGAUUCUAGUCCAGGCCUGACCCACGUUUCAGUCUCCUAUGGAGACAACGCUGAGACCUGUAUCUUGUGCCUAGGGAACCUGUCAGCGUCGGCAAAGCCCAAAGUAGGACUGAGAGUCCUCUGGCUCGGAACAUGA